AGCAGAGGAAGAUUUUUACUCCUGGAAGGUGCAGAUGCUGAAAGCUGACGUGCCCAGAAAUGGAGAAAUGGUUAUUAGGUCUGUGUCCCCCAACACACUCUGCAUACGCCCUAAUUCGCUCGUUGACUUCAAAACCACGCCUAGCCAAACACACAUUUUCUUUCAAUUUCUCUCCCUCUCCCUCUCCCUCUCCCUCUCCGAAUCCAAACCCUAGCCGCUGAUUCCAUCCAGCAUGUCGAAAUCUCUGCCCUACUCUAUGAAAGAUGUUCACUAUGACAACGCCAAGUUCCGCCACCGAUCAUGCUUCAAGAUGAUUACUCAGACCGUGCUCACCAGUAACCUGAAACGUGAUUGUAUAAGUUGUAGUACAGGAAAAUUUCUAGUGUUAUUGAUGAUUGGUGGUUUAGCAUAUUUGAUGCUAACAAAUACAAGUUCUGGCCAUUCAGAUUCUAAUGGACUUGCAAAAGGUGUUAUUUUUAAGGAAGGAGGCAUUAAGGAAGGAGAUAAGUCCAUCAUGGAUGGUGGCAACAGAUUUCGAAGAUUUUGGAGAAAACCACCAAGGCUUCCUCCUCGAUUAUCGCCUGAUGAGACAGGUAGUAAUAAUAGUUUUAUCCAUGAUCCUGUGAAGUUAAAUGAAGACUCUAAAUGGAUAGCUAGGCAACAAAAUGUUAAAAAGGCAUUUAUCCAUGCAUGGUCUGGCUAUAAGAAAUAUGCAAUGGGUUUUGAUGAACUUAUGCCUCUUAGCCAUAGGGGAGUUGAUGGCUUAGGAGGUCUAGGUGCUACUAUUGUGGAUGCACUGGAUACUGCCAUGAUCAUGGGUGCUGAUGAAGUUGUCACUGAAGCAGGUUCAUGGAUUGAAACACAUCUUUCACAUAGGAUUAAAGAGAAAGGCCAAGUCAAUUUAUUUGAAACUACCAUACGUGUUUUGGGUGGUCUUCUAAGUGCUUAUCAUUUAAGUGGUGGAGAACAAGGAAUGAACUCAACCCAUAUGGGGCCUAAAUCAAUUGUUUAUCUAGAAACUGCUAAGCAGCUGGCUGAUCUUUUGCUCUCUGCUUUUACUUCCAGUCCAACUCCUAUUCCCUUCAGCGAUGUUGUUCUACGAGAUCACUCAGCACAUCCAGCUCCUGGUGGACAGAGUAGUACCUCAGAAGUUUCCACUCUACAGCUUGAAUUCAAUUACCUGAGCACUGUUUCUGGUGAUCCAAAGUAUGGUAUGGAAGCCAUGAAGGUUUUAGAACAUUUAAAGACUCUUCCAAAGGUGGAGGGACUGGUUCCAAUCUAUAUAAGCCCUCACUCUGGUGAAUUUAUUGGAGAAAAUAUCCGUUUGGGAUCACGUGGUGACAGCUACUAUGAGUACUUAAUUAAAGUGUGGCUUCAGCAGGGAGCUGAACGAGAUGGAAAUUUCAAGUAUUUAUAUGAUAUGUAUGAGGAAGCAACGAAGGGCAUUAGGCACCUUCUUGUUCAGAAAUCUAUCCCAAAGGGAUUGGUUUUUGUUGGGGAAUUACCUUCUGGAUCUAAAGGUGCUUUUAGUCCAAAAAUGGAUCACCUGGUCUGUUUCCUGCCUGGUACUCUUGCACUUGGUGCCACUAAAGGUAUUACAAAGGAAAAAGCUAUGAAAGACAAUUUGCUUACCUUUGAAGACCUGGAAAAUUUGAAGCUUGCAGAAGAUUUAGCUAAGACAUGCUUUGAGAUGUAUUCAGUGACUUCUACUGGGCUUGCUCCAGAAAUUGCUUACUUCCACACAGAGGAUUAUUUUGAACAAGGUCUUGAUGGUGGGAACAAGAGUUCAGAAUACAUGAAUGACAUAAUCAUCAAAUAUGCUGAUCGUCACAAUCUUCUUCGCCCUGAAACUGUUGAAUCUUUAUUUGUCCUUUAUCGUAUAACAGAAAACCCAAAAUAUCGUGAAUGGGGCUGGCAGAUCUUUGAAGCAUUUGAAAAACACACAAAGGUUGAUUCUGGAGGAUACAGUUCUCUGGAUGAUGUCACCAGGCUUCCUCCUCAAAGGAGAGACAAAAUGGAAACCUUCUUCUUAGGAGAGACACUGAAGUACUUAUACUUGCUGUUUGCGGACAGCACUGUUCUUCCAUUGGAUAAGUUUGUCUUUAAUACAGAAGCUCAUCCUUUUCCAAUUAAAGGCAUGAGUAAGAGUGAAUGAUGCAUUGCAAUUGAACGAAAGCAUGAAGGAACUCCAAAUCAAUUUGUAGAGCACACAGGUACAACGGGUCUCUUUGCACCAACUGUUGUAUCAAUUGCAUUGGUUUUUCAUUUUAUCCGGCACCACAGAGAGUUAAUGGGCAAGCUAUCAAGAUUAGAGGUGGACCAAUUGUUUCCCAUCUUAUGAUGCAUAAUUGAUGUCGCAAUCAGAAAACCUACCAAAAGGAAUCCUUGGGCUUCUCUCUCUGUUUGGCCCUCUAGAUUAUGACAAUUUUGUAAUAUGUAUUUGCUUUAAUGGUGGCUUUGAACGAUGCAUACGGAUGGAGUGAUGAGAUAAGUUAAACAGCCUGUAAUUGACUUCCCAGUUUUGUAGUAUUAUUGCUGGUCUUGGUGGGCAAUUUGAUAAAACUGAUGUAGUGACUUUUCACUACUACCUCAUUAUACAAUGCUAUGCCUAUAAGUUACAAGCUAA